GAGAGAGAGAGAGAGUGGGGGAGGAGAGCAGUGGUCAGUGAGGCAACACUCCCAGUAGUGGAUAAAUACAACAGAGUGAAGAACUCUACUCUCUACUCUAUUCUCUCUUCUUCCUUCCAUUGUUCCUUUCUUUCUCCUCACCUCACUGUCCUCACUGGUUAUAUCUGUUGGAUUAUUCUCCCGUCUUUCCUGGACUGUGCUUUGAAGAGGAUAUCACACACACGCAAUCACAUUUUAGAGAGAGUGUGUGUGAUUGGAGAAGAACUGCUUGUGUCGAAGAGGAAUACACACUCGGCUGUCUCUCAUACCGAGAGGAGAGAGAGAGAGAGAGAGAGAGAGAGAGAGAGAGAGAGAGAGAGAGAGAGAGAGAGAGAGAGAGAGAGAGAGAUGUCUGGAGUGUCUGGCUGAACAAUCAAACAGAGAUUGAGGGAUGUGACAGAGAGGACUUCUUCAAGCAAUAACAGACUCCUACCCCCUCAGAUACACAACACUGGGAGGGUGUCUUGGACCAGUCCACUGUCUAAUACAAUCUGUCCAUUCCGGUCGUCAGGAUGUCCGGUAUGGACUUCUCAUUGGAGGAGCUGAACAGAACCGAAAUCUCCCCAGACAACGGAAACUUCCUGAGGUUCUCCCCCACCUCCGUUUCCACUGCAGCCGCGGCGGCGGGGACAGGGUUGUCGUCGGGGCGACAGGAGAAUGUUUACGUGUACGUGUGGAUCUUCCUGAGUCUGCUGGUGUUCCUGCUGUCGAUGAUCGUCAUCUCCCUCCACAGGCUAAAGAAUAUCAUUACAUCCUCCUCCUCUGUGCCUGACUGCAGCAGUGAGGGGGGCAGCUCAUUCACCAACAUGGAGAUCUGUAGUAUAUCUUCACAGAGGUCAACCGUGUCCUCACUGUCAAUUUGAGAGAGACACACACACACACACACACACACACACACACACACACACACACACACACACACACACACACACACACACACACACACACACACACACACACACACACACACACACACACACA